CCAGAGUGGCUGGAAAAGCUACACUUCAUGGUAGACAUGACAGCGCACCUGAACACGCUGAACACAGCUCUUCAGGGGAAAGGACGUACAGCCCUGCACAUGUUGGAGGAUGUUUUGGCAUUCGAGUGCAAGUUGACAGUGCUUGCCAGAGAUUUACAGAAAGGCACUUUGUCUCACUUCCCCAAUUUGAGAGAGUUCAAACAAGGUCACGACAUGAUAAUUUCGGAGUAUUUACAUUCUGCAAUCAUCGCAAUGCAAACAUCGUUUGGGAAACGCUUCUGUGAGUUCAGAGAGGAAAAAAACACAUUAUCCUUCCCGGUCACUCCCUUAAGCAUCGAUCCUUCCCUACUGAAUACGACUGCAUUGGCAGGUGUGAGUCAACCUGAUCUUGAGAUGGAACUGGCCGACAUAGCCGACAAAGACAUAUGGGUGUCCAAGUUUAGACGCUUGACAGCAGACCUUGAAGAUGUUGCCCGUCAGAAGGCCGUUCUUGCUCAGAAACACAAAUGGAGUGAUAUUGAAAACCUCACAGAUGACAGCUUGCGAUCCUGUGUAAAGAUGAAGGUGACAUCAUACAGCCCUGAUGUGCAGACGCUGUGCGCUGAGGUCCAGGAGCAGAAAUCCCAUUAACCAAGAUGACAGCUGGCUGACGUUAUUUUUGGUUUGCUGCUGGCGGAAAAUUUAAGUUCGGCGUUUUUCAUAAAUACAAGAAGGACUCAAAUAGACAUUGAAUAUUUUACUUAAAAGUAACUUUCAACCCAACGUCUUUUUUUCGGAGUUCAAAAUGUUUUUGUUGCAUGCAGAAAUGUAAUUUCGUUUUCUCUGCAGGAGUUCAUCAAUUUCAUAAAUGCAACACAUUAUAGUUUGUUUAUACAUAGCAUAAAGGCAAAAAAAACGUUGUAUGCAGUGUUA